CAAGUCAUGUCAGCCGACCCAUGCGGCGAGGGGCAAGAGGGGAAGGUGGAUGCGGGCGGAAGUGGCGCGCUGCGGGUGUGGGGUGGGCUGUCGGGGACAAGCGCGCUGGCGUCAGGCGCGGCAGCGAUACCUGAGGUGGGCAAGGAGGUGCUGGAGCUGGCGGAUGUGAUGCAGGUGGACGAGCUGCGGGUGGACGACAUCGAGUUUGAUCUCGAGAGUGCAGAGUCGUUUGAAGAAUCGGCCGGCCGGUAUGUGCGGCAGGCGUGGAUGCUGGCAUCUGACGAGGAUCGCGUCACCUUUGAGAUGAAGCGGAAGCGGGCGGCAGUCGAAGCAGAGUACGGCGGCCAGAUUGCUGAGAUUGAGGAACAGAUCGAGGAAGCCAAGAAGCGAUUGGAGGAUGCGACGUCCAUCGAGUGGCUGAAAGGGCGAAAGAAGCGGCUGCAAAACGCGCUGGGCGUGCCGACGUUGCCCGACCAAGUCAUCGAGGCGCGCCGCCGCGAGCUGGUCCACGUCCUCGCUGCCAUCAGCGAGCACCGCGACCAUCCCAUGGUUUGGGUGGUUGGUGCGCUGGAAAAGGCGCGCGACUCGCUGCUGCGGUCAACUCAGCUCGGACCGCUCGACGCGGCCGUCAAGGCCAUCCACCGCGCCAAGUCGUCUCACGGCCGGACGGGGCAUCGCUUCGAAGCAUGGUGUGCUGAGUUUGUGGCCUCUUGGAUCCCGUCGCGCAGAGCCGCGCUUGGCAUCGUCCCGGGCACUUGUGGAUGGCACAUCCUCAUCUCAGCCACCAUGUACCGUGGCGAGUCACCUCCGGAGCGAUCCAAGAUGGAGUUUGACGUUGUUGUUGUUCGCGAGACGGGCGCGCUCGACGGCGACGGGCCUGACGCGGCGCGGCAUGUCGCUGUCGAGUGGGUGUUUGAGGCCAAGCUCUCCCCGUCGGAUUUGCGCGGCGACUUGCCAGGCAUGGCACGCGCGCUGACAUGGUACACCGGGUGCAGGAUGGGCGGGCGGGGAAAGCCGUUUGCCACUGCGCCUGUGUUUUGCCAGCGGAAGAAGACCCCGUUCUAUGUCGACAGCACAUCGUUUGACGUUUUCCGUGCUGUGGAGAGCACACCUGCAGCCGAAGCCGCGCUUGGCAUCGACUUUGGCCGGGUCGUCUACCUCACGCUCCCACUCCGGCGAGUCUCCAUGAUCACACCGCCGGCGCUGCACAUCACCGCCAUGGAUCUUGCGCUCCGCCACCCGCAGUUCUCGCUCGACGACACCUCGUACCUCCGCGAUGUCUACCACACAUGGCUCCCUGCGCUCUCGACCGAAUGGGGUCCGCCAAGCGUCACCACAGCCCUCAUCGAGAGCAUCGUCGGGCGCGGCAACGUGUGGAUGUUUGACGAGUCUCUCCUUGUUGUCACGCCGGACUCGGUUGUUCAGUAGCGGAUGUGCGGCGGCCGUGAUCUGAACCAGGG